AUGUUGUUUGUUGUGUUGUUACAGGGCGUGUGCUUCCCGCCGUCCAGGUAUCAUCGUUUUAUAGCCAUGACCUUGUCGAAGAUAUGGGCCAUCGGAGCCAGCGUUAAGGAGCACACGUUUGGGUCAUGGCUGAGUGAACCUGAAGUCGGCGACGUGGCUAAAAGGUAAUAUGCCGAUUAUUAAGGAUAUGGAGACUUGUCAUUGGGAGUGUGGGGAUGGGGAGUUUGAGGUGGGGAGUUCGGGGUCGGGACUAGUUGGGGGUUGUGUGGUUCGAGGUGAUGGGCUCAGGAGUGUGGGGUGGGGAGCUUAGGGUUGGGAGUGUGGGAUGGAGAGUGUGGAGUGGGGAGUGGGGAGUGUGGAGUUGGGACUGUGCAGUGGGGAGUGAGGGGUCAGGAGUGUUGGGUCAGGAGUGUAGAAUUGAGAGUGUGGGUCAGGGGAGUGUGGAGUUGGGAGUGUGGGGUCAGGAGUGUGGAAUGGAGAGUGUGGGUAGGGGAGUGUGGAGUUGUGAGUGUUGGGUCAGGAGUGGGGGUUGUGAGUGUGUUUAACAAAACAUGUAUGAAAAUGAGCACGCGCAGUUACAAAAAAGCAAGGGGACAGAGAAUACAGACCUAGACCAGUCAGGUGAGUUGAUGAUGUCUUCAUUCUAACCCUUCAUUAUCGGUGCUAGACCUGAGCUCUAAAUGAACCCUAGAGAAAACAAACUCUUGACCAGGGAGAUGAGGUUUAACGCGCGCGGCUGGUCAAACGAGAAGGGAGUUCAACAAAGAUCUGGGCGUCAUACCAAGCUGUCAGUUCAUUGCCCGGUAACAAUUUAAUUUGCUUGACCACUGGUCAGAAUGCCCGUCAACAAGCAUGCACUGCAAGCGUAAAUUCAGCAGGAACUACAGUGUCCGGGUCAGUGUUAAAUGACACCCCCUGCCAGAUGUCGUAUACAAGGGGGACAGGACGCCACCUCUCUGACAGAUAUACUGAACACCUCCGUAUUCUUAUGCAAGUUAAGCAGUGUCCCGUAUUUAAACACUUAAAUAGAAGCGACCACAAGGGUUCUGAUGAUUUUGCUAUCAGCGCAAUCGUGCCUGUGCAAGCACACCAAACCGGGUGAAUCUGGAAAACAAGCUGAUCCAGACUUAUGGAAACUUAACAACACAUGGCCCUAAUGGCAUUUCCUCAUUUACUUGCUAAGCCCUUUUUUGACCCAUCUUCGUUACGACCAAUCGCAGUAGACUUACUUUUCCUCUCUUCUCUCUCUUUGUGCCUAUCUUUAAUCUCUCACGAACCUAUGUUUUGUCACAUUGCUCUUGCUGUCGUCUCGGAUGCUACAUUUCAGUAAAGUGGUUUUAAAAAAAAAAUAAUUCUGUUUUUAUUGUUGUUAGUUCGCCGAUGAAGGCUUCCUGUCGACACGUUCGCUGUUUUGUCGCGUUAUAUUUUUUUCAGUUUUUUAGUUUUUACAUACUAUCCUUCGCUCAUUUCCAACUUUGGUUCUGUAUGGCAACAGAAGAGCUCAUUUGAUCAUUUGAAUUCACUGAGCGUUGUCGUAUAGUGGAUAGUGGCUCGCGUUGUGGUCGGAACUACCCAGGUUCCAAUAAUAAUAAUAAUUAGUGGUCUUAUAUAGCGCGGUACCCCAGCCUAGGGCUGAGCUCACCGCGCUGUACAUAAAAAUAUUAGCAAAAGAGACAUAAUCAUGACAUUAAAAUAAAAUACAUUUAUGAAAUAAACAACAGCCUGUAACCAAAACAACAAAAUAAAAUGUAUAUUCAACCCACCCCACCCCAGAACUUUUACAUGGCAAACCAUGGACGGCAGCCAGCAGGAUCGUUUAUCGGUCAGACGAGGGGAAUCAGUCAGGGUUGUAUAGUUUAAAGAGGUGUGUUUUGAGUGCAGUUUUGAAGGCCUGGGUGGUUGGUCUAUUGCGGGUGUGUAGUGGCAAAGAAUUCUAUUGUUUGGGGGCGCAGCAAGAGAAAGAUCGUUCACCAUAUGUUUUAGUGUGUGUCUUGGGAAUGGACGGAAUACGCGUGUCUGCGGAGGAGCGAAACUGUCGAAAGGGUGAAUAGACAGAAAGAAGUUUGGUUAGAUAGGAAGAUAGUUUAUUGUUUGUAUUAUCUCAUUGUUUAAAAAGUUAGGAAUACACAACCUGUUAUUGGGUAAACGGCUUUCAUAACUGAAAAGUGUAUGUGGAACAUUGUCUAUGUCACUCACAUUCAUCACACCAUCAACGAGCUUCUGUUUGCGGACGAUUGUGCACUCAACGCUGCCUCAGAAGCCGGCAUGCAACACAGCGUUGAUAACUUCUCUGAGGCCUGCAAAACUUUUGCCUCACAAUCAAAACCAAGAAGAUUGAGAUGAUGCACCAGCCAGCUCCCAGUAAACACUACUUUGAACCCAGCAUCACCAUCAUCGGACAGCGUCUAAACGCAGUGGAUAAAUUUACCUCCUUUGGCAGCACCCUCUCCAGAUCUGUCAUCAUAAAUGACGAAAUGAAUGCCAGACUCGCAAAAGCAAGUGCAAUAUUUGGCAGGCUCCGCAGCACAGUUUGGGACAGGAGAGGUAUUAGGGUAAAACGAAGAUCAAGGUCUAUAGCGCAGCAGUCCGUUUAAACCCAUGUUUGUUGCCUGGCAAUUAUAUGUCUAUAGCGCAGCAGUCCGUUUAAACCCAUGUUUGUUGCCUGGCAAUUGUCUGUCUAUAGCGCAGCAGUCCGUUUAAACCCAUGUUUGUUGCCUGGCAAUUGUCUGUCUAUAGCGCAGCAGUCCGUUUAAACCCAUGUUUGUUGCCUGGCAAUUGUCUGUCUAUAGCGCAGCAGUCCGUUUAAACCCAUGUUUGUUGCCUGGCAAUUAUCUGUCUAUAGCGCAGCAGUCCGUUUAAACCCAUGUUUGUUGCCUGGCAAUUGUCUGUCUAUAGCGCAGCAGUCCAUUUAAACCCAUUGUUUGUUGCCUGGCAAUUGUCUGUCUAUAGCGCAGCAGUCCGUUUAAACCCAUGUUUGUUGCCUGGCAAUUGUCUGUCUAGAGCGCAGCAGUCCGUUUAAACCCAUUGUUUGUUGCCUGGCAAUUGUCUGUCUAGAGCGCAGCAGUCCGUUUAAACCCAUGUUUGUUGCCUGGCAAUUGUCUGACUAUAGCGCAGCAGUCCGUUUAAACCCAUGUUUGUUGCCUGGCAAUUGUCUGUCUAUAGCGCAGCAGUCCGUUUAAACCCAUGUUUGUUGCCUGGCAAUUGUCUGUCUAGAGCGCAGCAGUCCUUUUAAACCCAUUGUUUGUUGCCUGGCAAUUAUCUGUCUAUAGCGCAGCAGUCCGUUUAAACCCAUGUUUGUUGCCUGGCAAUUAUCUGUCUAUAGCGCAGCAGUCCGUGUAAACCCAUGUUUGUUGCCUGGCAAUUGUCUGUCUAGAGCGCAGCAGUCCUUUUAAACCCAUUGUUUGUUGCCUGGCAAUUAUCUGUCUAUAGCGCAGCAGUCCUUUUAAACCCAUGUUUGUUGCCUGGCAAUUGUCUGUCUAAAUUCCCACCAGCUUCCUGUACAGCAUCAGAAAAAGGCGUCUGCCCCCAGACUUGAUGAGGAACAUCGCCACUUCGAUGACAGCAGCCCUCAUGCAUGACAUCACCGAAUCGCCUGUGUACUGGUCAGACGCACUCGUUAGAACAGUAAGUUAUGUUGUCCAGUGCAUUAAGUUCACAAUGUCACGUUCACUUCAUCAAGCUCACUAUUACAAUUCAAUACAUUAAGUUCACUAUGACAGGUCCAGUACAUUAAUUUCACUACAUGGAGUUUAGUGCAUUAAUUUCACCAUGACAGGUUCAGUACAUUAAGUAUUCUAUUUCAGGUUCAGUACAUUAUUUUAACUAUGUCGGGUUCAGUACAUUAAGUUCAUUAUGUCGUGUUCAGUACAUUAAGUUCAUUAUGUCGGGUUCAGUACAUUAAGUUCAUUAUGUCGGGUUCAGUACAUUAAGUUCAUUAUGUCGGGUUCAGUACAUUAAGUUCAUUAUGUCGGGCUCAGUACAUUAAGUUCAUUAUGUCGGGUUCAGUACAUUAAGUUCACUUAUGCGACAGGUUCAGUUCAUAAUCCAUUGCACACCACCAGCUCUGAGAUUAUUGUUAACAAUUUUCUUCCAUUAUUUGCCUAUAAGCACAAUGUAUAACUACGAUCAGAGAGGAUGUAUUUCUGGUUCUUGAUACUGAUCUAUCGGGUGCCAUUGAUAGGAACUAUUUCUUGUUGUGGAUACUGAUCUAUCGGGUGCCAUUGAUAGGAACUAUUUCUUGUUGUUGAUACUGAUCUAUCGGGUGCCAUUGAUAGGAACUAUUUCUUGUUGUUGAUACUGAUCUAUCGGGUGCCAUUGAUAGGAACUAUUUCUUGUUGUUGAUACUGAUCUAUCGGGUGCCAUUGAUAGGAACUAUUUCUUGUUGUUGAUACUGAUCUAUCGGGUGCCAUUGAUAGGAACUAUUUCUUUUUGUUGAUACUGAUCUAUCGGGUGCCAUUGAUAGGAACUAUUUCUUGUUGUUGAUACUGAUCUAUCUGGUGCCAUUGAUAGGAACUAUUUCUUUUUGUUGAUACUGAUCUAUCGGGUGCCAUUGAUAGGAACUAUUUCUUGUUGUUGAUACUGAUCUAUCGGGUGCCAUUGAUAGGAACUAUUUAUUCGUUUUUUAAAUUUCUUUUGUGUUACCGAAACGCUCACUUUUAGAUUCUGGAAAAGUUCCACAAAGACUUGCAAAACGAAUCAGUCACCAUUGGAGUGAUCGAAC